UGGAGAUUACGGUUAAAAACAAAUCCAGGUUCCCAGCGCGGAAGAGAGCAGCGCCUGAAGCAGAGCCCGUGCUGGAGACUGCGCAUCCUGUGCCCGGCUGCUGAGGGCAAAAUUCGGGGCCGCUGCCCCCCCCCCUCGAGGACCCCACUCCGGGAGGGGCUGGCGGCUGCAAUCUGCGCCAGGGCAGAGAUGGUCACGGCGAUAGGGCGGCUGCAGCACAGACUUCCUCCGGCAGACAGCCGCUGCUAUCUGAUGGAAACUGCCCGUUUCCCAUGCGUGGACGCCGGCUCCGCAAAAAUUCCUCCCGCCUCCGCCACGGGCAAGACCACAGAGCGUUCGCCAGGCGGCCGUGUCGGGGCAGCGGGGCCGGGACGGGAGCUGAGCCUCUCCGGGGUCCUGGGAGCAGCCCCAUGAGGCUCCCCAGGGUGCAGGGCACGGCCGGGAGCGUCCCUGGCUGAGCCUGGUGUGGGACACGGGGGGGCCACGGCCAGGAAGCCUCCCCAGGAGCAGCAGCACAGCCGGGCAGCACCCACGGGGCCGGUGCGGAUGCUGUAGGAAAAUGUCCCAAGAAGCCUGUGGCGGGGCCAUGCUGGCGCUGCUGACCUUCUCCCUCGGCCUUGCUGCCGACGAGCUGCUGUGCGUGUGCGACGUGCCGCACUGCAGCGUGCCCACCUGCACGGGCAAGGUGUGCUUCGUCAGCAAGCGGCGGGAGGACGGGAGGAUCGCCCAGCACCGGGGCUGCUUCUCCACCAACCUGCUGGAGAACUGCCGCCCGCACGUGAUGGAGCAGUACGGCACCAGGUGCUGCAACUCCAGCAUGUGCAACGCCGAGCUGGAGAUCUACCUGCCAGGAGAAGAAGCCCUGGAGAAGGCGCCGUCCCUGUCCAACCUCCUCCUGAUGAUCUUCGUCCCGCUGCUCGCGCUCCUCGUCCUCGCGGCGCUCACGGCGCUCUUCUUCUGGAAGCUGGCCCAGCACCGCCGCGAGAGGCUCCUCUUCAAGCACAGCGACCUGGGGGACACGGACCUCAUGCUGAAGGCCUCCCUGGUGGGAGACAGCACGCUGGAGGACCUGCUGAACGACGACUGCACCACGGGCAGCGGCUCGGGGCUGCCCUUCCUCGUCCAGCGGACGGUGGCUCGGCAGAUCACCCUCGUGGAGUGCGUGGGCAAAGGGCGCUACGGCGAGGUGUGGCGAGGCGUGUGGCACGGGGAGAACGUGGCCGUGAAGAUCUUCUCCUCCCGGGACGAGCAGUCGUGGUUCCGUGAGACGGAGAUCUACAACACCGUCCUCCUCCGGCACGACAACAUCCUGGGCUUCAUCGCCUCUGACAUGACGUCGAGGAACUCCAGCACCCAGCUCUGGCUCAUCACCCACUACCACGAGAACGGCUCGCUCUACGACUACCUGCAGAGGACGGCCCUGGACGUGGAGACCUGCCUGGGGCUGGCGGCCUCCAUCAUCUGCGGCCUCGUCCACCUCCACGUGGAGAUCUUCGGCACCCAGGGCAAGCCCGCCAUCGCCCACCGCGACCUGAAGAGCAGGAACAUCCUGGUGAAAAGCAACCGGCAGUGCUGCAUCGCCGACCUGGGGCUGGCCGUCAUGCACUCCCAAGGCAGCGACUACCUGGACAUCGGCACCAACCCGCGGGUGGGCACCAAGCGCUACAUGGCCCCCGAGGUGCUGAGCGAGCAGAUCCGCACCGACUGCUUCGAGUCCUACAAGAAGACGGACAUCUGGGCCUACGGGCUGGUGCUCUGGGAGAUCACCCGGCGGACGGCGGUGAACGGCAUCGUGGAGGAGUACCGGCCGCCCUUCUUCGACGUGGUGCCCAGCGACCCCAGCUUCGAGGACAUGAAGAAGGUGGUGUGCGUCGACCAGCAGACCCCCGUGAUCCCCAACCGCCUCUUCUCCGAUUCGGUUUUGUCUGCCCUGGCUAAGGUGAUGAAGGAGUGCUGGUACCAGAGCCCCUCGGCGCGGCUCACGGCCCUGCGGAUCAAAAAGACGCUGAAGAAGCUGCACCACUCCCUGGACAAACCCAAGCAGGAGUGCUGAGCACCGGGCUGCAGACCCCUUCACCGUGGCCCCCUGGCUUUUCCCACCCCAGUGGCUUCUAAAUUCGCAAGGGAG